CAAAAAACAUAUGAAGCUCAAUUUUAACAUCCCAACAAUUGUUUGAAACAAUAAAUUAAUUAAAACCAACUUCCAAAGCUAAGAACAGGGAAAAAACACGGAUCGAAAGAACACCAGUCUCUUGAACUUCAAAAAAGAAAAAGAAAAUAAAAUAAAUUGAAACCGGCCAUCUAGUAGUUUCCAUCUUGAAUCCAGGCUACGACAGCGAAAGACACUAGAUCAGCAGACACUUUUUUUCCCCUUGGAAACAGCGAGAAGAUGGUUGGGAUUACAAUAAUCAGGAGUACUCUACAAGUCUGCAUCUCUAUCGCCUUUGGUGGCUUGGGCUAGAAAGUUUAACCAAGAAUCAAACCACGCCUAGGUUUUGGUGGAGUGCAACGCCGAAUGAAAAUCAAACAAGUCCAUCCCAAAUCCGAUUCUCAAUUCAGACCUUUCCCCAAUAUUGCCCAGGUUUUAGUUCUUGUCAUUGUAUAAUUACUCCGUAUCAGAGCUUUGCUUCGUGGGAGACAGUCUUCCCUCUCAAUGGAGGAUCAAAUUUCCUAGAGGAAGGAGAUAAUGCUCCGUGUCGAAAAGUGGAUUUGAUGCUAAGUUACGUAAAGGGUAUUUUAGAGAUUUUAUAAAUAUGUGGCUGUGUUUAGUAAAAUGGUGGCCGUAGAAUUACCCUAUAAAUUAUUUGAUUAGUUAGUUAGUUUAUUAUCGUAAGCCCAGGUCCUAUGCCACCGAGCAGCCCUUACUCUCGAUUGCUGGGCCGUCUGCCCAUCUCGGCCUAUGUACCCAGACCCGACCCUGGCAUCCCAACUGCCCAAGUCAAGGCUUGCGUGCUAACGGAGCACGCCAACACGGAAGCCUGAGCAACAACCGGUGACCCACGUCGACCACGGACCACCCCUUCCGCCCUUCUUCUGAUAUCUGACUCAUUCUCCGGUGCGACGGCUGACAGUCCUCCCAUCUCCAGAAUACCACUCAGAUGUGUUAAUGGUUGAAUUCAGUUAUAUUGGAUAGCAAAAAGCAAUGGAGUUUUGCCCUACAUGUUCGAAUUUAUUGCAAUUUGGGUUGCCGGAUAUAGACCGUCCUGCUGGUUUCCGCUGCCCUACUUGCCCCUAUGUGUGCGCCAUUGGACCCAGGAUAAAAAUCAAGAGAAGACAGCAUCUAGUUCGGAAGAAGCUUGAUCCAGUGCUUUCAGUUGACUCACUGGCUACAGCCCAAAAAACUAAAGAAAGAUGCCCUACUUGUGGAUUCGAUGAAGCAGCUUUUGUGGAGAUGCAGACAAGGUCUGCAGAUGAGCCUGCAACACGGUUUUACAAAUGUAUAGGAUGCGGAUUCACUUGGAAAGAGGACUGAUAAGUUGAUGUUUGGCCUGAUCAGAUACGUCUUCAAAUUUUAAUUAGGCUUAACCAUCAUACAAAUAGGACAUUUGUGGAUGGUGAUGGAUCUAUUGCAUAUUGGCAUCGAGCCAUUUUUUUGUUUGGGCAGAAUUUUUUGGACUUUUGAGUACUUAAAGUGUGUUCUCUUAUAUGGCAUCAAUUUAUUUUUAUAUUCAAUUUUGGACGUGAUUUUCA